AUGCCGUGGAAAAGCUUCAUGUUUCUCGCUUUCUGGUUAGUUUCAUCGAAUUUUCAUUAAAGCGGAAUUCGCUCGUUGAUCAGAAUAAUUUGGUCUAGGGUACAAUUUGUUCGGUUGUUUGAUUAGCUGACAAGGCGAAUUGAUAAGAUUCACCGCGUUUAUUAUAUAAGUUUUGUGGUUUCUCCGUGUUUACUAUCGUUUUCUCAUAUUCCGUGGAGCAUUAGGACUAGUUUUUUCUCUGGAUUUUCUGACCCUUUUUGAAGACAUCGAAAAAAUUAUUUUAUUAAUUCGGUCUUAUGCAUAUUUUCUUCAGCAUUUCUUCAAUAGUUUUUAAAAUUGGUUUUGAAAAUAAUUUCUAAGGAUUCGAACAUAAUUUCCGCUUUAAAUUUCAAAUUGCAAUGUACGCAAUGUUUGUACACUGUUUUGGCGCUAAGAAAAAAAAUGCAAGCAAAAAUUGAUGUUUUCAAACCAAUUAAAAUAUCCCAGGUUUCUCGGAACAGCCGUUUUCGCAAUAAUUAAAUAUCAAUUUCAACAAAUCGACAGGUGGAAAAAAUCUUAAUUUUCUUCUAAUUUGCAGCUGUUUGUCUGUUCAUUUCGUGCAACUUUUCUCCAUUUUCUCACUUUUUUCUUAUCAGUUUUUUUCCAGCGUCAAUUCCUCGUUUUCAAGCGAAGAAGAAGAAGAUCCAGAAAUGGCUGACCACAAGACCAUCUACGAUUUCACCGUUAAAGGAUCGGAUGGACAGCCGGUGUCUCUGGAGAAGUAUAGGUAAGAAAUGAAGGAAUUUUUUUAAAAGUGGAAGGAAAAAAAUUAGAAAAUAUUCCCAAAAACCGUCGAGGAAUUGAAAAAAAGAUCUCAACCGUGAAAGUCCUUUCUUUUUCGCGUUUUUUUAAGAAUUUUUUUCUUUUAAUAUUUUUUUGAUAUUUCUUUUUUUAUAUUUUUUUUAUUUUAUUAAUGGUUCCAAAUUCCAUACGGUAUAAUUGGCCCAUGCCGAAAAAGCUCCUGUUCAAUUUUUUCCCCGAGAACUCCUACAAAACUUGUGCGUCAUAAUUAUUGACUCACUCUGUUUCAGUCUCAAAUUUGUUUUUUUAAUGACUUUUCUUGCAUCUUAUACUUGUGUAGAUGAGAACUCGAAAAUUCAUAAUAUAGUAGAAAAAAAAUUUUUUUGAAGGAACUUUUAUGAGAAUUUUCGAAUUUUCAAUUAGCGCAGGAGCUCGGUCAAAAAAGUUUUGAAAAUUCAGUUUUCUAGACGAUUUUGCAAAUAGCCAUUCUCAUAAGUUUUUCUUUUAAUCUUCAGAAAGUUUAUUGUUAGUUUUGAAUUCCAGAUAAUAGUUUCGUGAGUUUUUUUUGUAUAGCUGCUGUGAUUAAGAAGCCGAUUUUGAAAAAAAACAUAACAUUGAUUUGGCGGCAUAUUUAGCCGAUUCACGGCUAGUUUGAGAUGUUAAGAGACCGACACCAUCUCUCCUUUAAUCGUGUCAGGACCAUUCAUUCGAUGAGAGUGGAAAUAAAGCUUGUUGUGUGAUGAAAAAGUUCAUGAAAAUGAAGAACUAGCGUAACUCCACAUGAAAGUCGUUAAGUGCCUCCGGAGACGAAACUCUUUUCAGAGGCCAGGUGGUGAUCAUCGUGAACGUGGCUUCCGAGUGCGGCUUCACCAACUCCAACUACAAGGAGCUGAAGGAGAUCCAGGACAAGUACUUCGACAAGGGACUCCGUGUUGCGGCUUUCCCUUGCAACCAGUUCGGCGGACAGGUGAUUUUCAGCUCAUUAUAGUCUGUUCAGAUUUUGAAUGUCAAGUCGUCGCUCAAGCUCCGCCCCUAAUGGUGCGAUAAUCCAAUCAGAGAGCGAGCCAUCCACAGAGUGUUUUUCAAUGACGUCAUUGCACUUGACAUUAAAAAUCUGAACAGACUAUAAUACAAAUUUACGUUAAAAGUGUCCCCUCAAAUAGAAUUUCGCAAUAGAGCAACUUUGCUGCAACAAUAGUUUUCUUGAAAAAAGACCUGCCGGUUCACGAUUAGCUUGGGACGCAAAGAAGCGGUGCCUGUCUGCGCUCUCCACCAACCAGACACUGUCUCUUUACUCAUCGUGUCAAGACCCUAUUUCGAUGGCUCAAGCCAGCCGUGCGCUAUUUUUUACGGGAAAAGUUUGGAAUUUUCAGGAACCAAGCUGCGAAAUCGACAUUGCCAACUUCGUCAAGGAGAAGUUCAGCUACGAGCCGGACCUUUACGCCAAGGUUUGAAAUGAAAACGACAAUUUUAGGGAUGAACAUUUCCCGCAGAAAAGGAAAUAAAUAACUGCCCGUUUAUCCAUUAGGAGAAGCUUUCUCAGUAUCGUUAAAAAGAGAAAACAUCUGCGAAAAAUCCUCGAUAAAAUUUUUUCACUGGUUCUUAUGAGAUGAAAAAAGAUAUGCCUAAAAACUUGAAAGAAUUCAUGGAAUUUAUAGGCUUCCGAAUAUGGUAAUGAAUAUACUGAACCCCCCUUCACGAGUCGAACAAAAAAGUUAGAAAAACCACAGUAUACUGAGAUUUUUUGCGCGUUUCGCUUUGAGACCUGUGAUCUGAAUGGUAUACGGUAUUUUAGCCGAUAAAAAAACGUGACAAGCUGCUGCGGAAUGGCCUAUACUCCGUUGAGAGAAAAUUCCAUGAAGAAAUAUCACACUAUCGUGAAAAAAUAUUUAUUAUGGAAUUUUUGAAAACUGUCGAAUAAGAGCGAUAAAUAGGUGAACGUCAACGGCAACGACGCCGACGAGUUCUGGAAGUUCUUGAAGAAGGAGCAAGGAGGCGUCCUCCUUGACGCCAUCAAGUGGAACUUCACCAAGUUUGUCGUCAACCGCAAGGGACACGUCGUCAAGAGGUGGGACAGUAUAUGAAUCAAGGGCUUCGCGUAAAGAAACGAUUUCAAACGUUACCUCUGCGCCUGUAAAUUUGGCUUUUAGUUUGAGAAUUGAAAGUUUUAAAAUUUCGAGUUUGAAGAUUUUUUUUGAGCUUGAAUUUCAUCUAUUUAGCGAUCUGAUCAAGUUUAGAAGCUCCGGAGGAGAAUUUGAAUUGAAUAAUUGAAAAAAAGUUGUAGCUUUUUAAUCAAUUUAGGCUUGAAAACUGCUUUCAUGAUCAAUUUCUAUCUUUAAAUCUGAAGAGAAGUAAAUUUGAAGCUCAUAGUUUUUUUUUAUAUCUCUGAAGUGAUCACUUUUUCAUAUUAUAACAAAAUAAAAUAAUGAUUUUUUAGGUACGCGCCGACCGCUUCGCCCAACUCGUUCAUCAAAGAAAUCGAGAAAUUGCUGGCAGAAUCCUCAUAA